CAAAACCGCACAAGAACACAAAUCUUGAUUAACUACAAGAAUUAUUAUUACGGACUAACAAAAUCAUACAACAAGGAGAAUCACUGAAGCAAAACACAAAAACUAUUGUAAUUAAGGAUUUGUUCUCUCCAUUUCUGGAUUCGUUUGAAGCUACUAUAUCCCCCGCCAAAAGAGUAUCUCUUUGACUCUCAACUACCAAACGACAAUAGUCUCUGACAGCCACGAGUUUCUUCGUACUGAUUUAAACACGAUUUUACUUUAUUUCCUCAAAAAAAACAGAAAAGCAAAGUAAAGGCUAGAGACUAGAGAGGUUCUCCGUUUAUCCACAGCCACACACAAAAUACACACUUUAUCCAGAUUCAGGGAAACUAAAAAACCAUCCUUUUGUCUGAUUCCAUGAAAUUGAGCUCCUAAAAUUCGACACUUUCACAAGAAAUAGUGUAUACCAUGUUUCUCGGAGGCACAAUCUCCACUCCUCCAGCUUCUCUCCGGUUAAGGUCCACAUUAAACCCACAAAACGCAGUCACCCAAUCAUCAUCACAAGCUACGUUUCCAGCUGCAAUGCAACGUAAGCCACCAAGCUACUCAAUCAGCGACGAAGAUCUCGAAUCCAGAGGCUUUAUUCUCCGUCGAACAGCAGAAGGACUUAACUUAGAUCAGCUGAAUUCAGUCUUUGUAGCCGUCGGAUUCCCACGUCGUGACACAGCUAAGAUCGAGGUGGCGUUGCAGCACACAGACGCGUUGCUCUGGGUGGAGUACGAGAAAACGCGGCGGCCUGUGGCGUUUGCGAGAGCGACCGGUGACGGAGUUUUCAACGCCAUUAUAUGGGAUGUUGUGGUUGAUCCGUCGUUUCAAAGCUGUGGACUUGGGAAGGCGGUGAUGGAGCGGUUGAUUGAGGAUUUACAAGCGAAAGGGAUCUGUAACAUCGCUCUGUAUUCGGAGCCUCGAGUUCUCGGGUUUUAUCGCCCGCUUGGGUUCGUCUCUGACCCGGAUGGGAUCAAAGGAAUGGUUUUUAUACGCAAACAGAGAAACAAGAAAUGAAAAGUUUGAAACUUUUAUAAAUUUUAAUUUCGUAAAUUCACAGAUUACAAUGUCUCUUUAACUACACUUUGUUGUACAAGCUUAGCUCUUUUUCACCUUC